CCCCCCCGCCGCAAGUACAACAAAUAGGACGACUUAACAGUGGAGCUCCUGGCAACUGUUGCGUUUUUGCCGUCAACAACGGGCUGCCUUCUUUCUCUCUUCGGAUGUUUUCCUCAUAGCAAACUCAGACAACAAAAGAAGAUCCCACCUCACAUGCAUCGUGCAACACAGGUCGUACCACAAGACGGUAUCAUUAAUAUGGCUUUAUUACUAUUUGAACUCUUGUCACUUUUUUCUCCAGCAUAAACGAAUUCAAGUCUAAACUGGAAGAACAGAUUAGAAACAAUCUGAUAUCUUAAACGUUUCCACCCGUAAAACUUAGUAACAAAAUAUUGGAGGCCUUUGAAAGUCUGGCAGAUUGAGACAUUUCAGAUGCUUAUGGCUGCUUUUGACAAUGAGGAAACCUGGGACCCUUAUGAAACGACUCAGAGACGCGAGUUUGUCUACAGACCCAAUACACCAAUAAUUGCUUCACGGCCCAUGACAUCAACGAUUCAUAGAGGCUCACACUGGGCAACUGCCCUCACUGGUUCUACUGCAUACAGUGAAGACUUCUGCUGGAAAUCAGCAUCUAAGCCUAUCUGUAAACUCCCUGGAACUGCUUCUGGUAACAGAAGAAACAACCCACAUCCCAAUAAAGAUUUCAUGGUUUGGAGACUGCCAAGGGGAUUUCAGCAGAGCUCAGCGGAUGGCAGGUCUCCGUGGAGGAAUCCGCUAUCUGAACAGGAAAUCAGAAAUGCCUUAUCUGCCCAAUAUCGUUCCACUUACAAGGUGGACUAUUUGGGUAUACAUCCAGGGUUUCAGAUGAAAUAUGCAGUUUCAGGUUCUAAUAGCCAGGGACAAGACGUUCCUUACUGUCUUCAGACGGAAAUGAGGGACAGUUACCGGCAACCACAAAAGAUGCCUGAGCUUAAAAACAACACUUCCCGCUAUGGGUGUAACCCACUUCACAAUGUGUGCUCAAAAGGCAUAGUACCUACUGUGAUUCCGGCUAAUAUUCGCAAUCAAGAGAACAGUAAACAACUCACCACCUACGACGUGCACUUUGGGGGGAAAACAGAGGACAUUUAUGCCGUACUGAGCUCUCUUGAGCCCAAGGAGCUGCAGAAAUUCUCUAAUAAUUUGCCAGAGAAAGACAGGAAGGUCUUGCAGGCCAUUCUGCAAAGGGAUGCCUCUGACCGUCCAGUGAAAAUGGCGAAGACACCUCUCACGAUUUCUCAGGGCCCAUGCAGGCUUGAUAGGUUAUCCAGGUGGACUGGACCUCAGUAAACAGGAUCUGUUCAGGGAACCAAAGUCCAGUUGAUGUUGUAGCACAAUCCAAAAUGAUUUUUUAAAAUGUAUCAGAUAUACCUGCUUGUGCAUGUUUGUGUGUUUAAACCUGGCAUUUUUGAAACACUGCUAUAACAUACUGAAAAAUAAAUCCUGCCCCUCCA